GAAAUUGGUAAGCGCGUAGGUCGAAAGAAGUGGUCUACGACUGAAGCUAAUCUUGAGAUGGACAAUUUAAUAGCAGAUGUAUCAGACAUUGACUUUAUCAUUGAGAGCCAACUAGAAAAUCAAAUUGGAUUGGGAUGUUUGCCUUUCUCAAAUAUGAACAAGUCCGGUGCUGGCGUUUGUCGUUUUUUUAUUAUUAAUCAAUGUCCCCUUAAUAAUUUAUGUCCUUUGAGACAUAUCAAAGCUGACAGAACAGUCGUAUGCAAGCAUUGGCUUCGCGGAUUGUGCAAAAAAGGUGAUGACUGCGAGUUCCUACACGAAUAUGAUAUGACUAAAAUGCCAGAAUGUUACUUCUUUUCGAAAUUUGGAGAGUGUAUGAAUAAAGAAUGUCCAUUUCUUCAUAUUGACCCCGCCUCUAAGGUACAGGAUUGCCCUUGGUAUGAUAGAGGGUUUUGCAGAAACGGUCCUUUGUGCCGAAAUCGACAUGUCAGACGAGUAGCAUGCAAAAACUACAUAAAUGGUUUUUGUCCUAAAGGACGUGAAUGUAAAUAUGCGCACCCUAUAUGGUGGCCCCUUCCAGGAAGUGAUCAAGAUACACAGAAAAGCCGCUGGAUAUGUCAUUACUGCAAUGAACGUGGACACAAAUACAAUUUUGCCUCAAACUAUCACCUGAGGAACGUCUUCGACUACAGGAGCAGCAGCGAAUGCAGAAUAUUAGCACUGGCGGCGCAGCGUUGCCUCAACAAGGUGUUAAUCCCGGAUCUCGUUUUGUUUCGGAACGUCUCAAGUUCGGUGGUCUUAUGGGGACUUCACAGGCUGCUCCUACUGGACCUCGACAAGGCCCACAAAAACCACUUGACGAAGUAACAUGUUUUAAAUGUGGAGAGAAAGGACAUUAUGCGAAUCGAUGCAACAAAGGCUAUUUAGCAUUUCUCAGUAAGGUUUCACUACAACCCCAUGAAAUGGAGAGUGCUCGUGGCUGAUGCAAAUGUGAAACUAGAAACCAGUGUAUUGUAACCUGUACAGCUCUUAUCUACAUUUUUUAUUAUUUUCUAAAGAACGAAGCUGAAUUCCUAUGAACUAAGUUUUAGUUUUUGACUGUAGUAGCCUCUUAGAAUGUGAAUAUGUAGCGACCUAAUCGUAAAAGUAAAACCGUAAUUGUCAGCACUUGUCAGUAAAGUGUAUCUGAAGUUUUAAGAAAUAACUUCCUCUAAGAUUUCCCAUAAAAGAAUUUCUAUCAGAAAGUUAUAAACGCCAGUUUGCCAGUCAUCUUUCAUUUAGCUCAAUUGACCUUCACUUCCAAUCCAUAUGAUAGUUUGGAGUUUAAGUUGGUGAUUAUUCCCGAUUAUGGAAAACAUUUUAUUGCUACAACUUCGGAUGAAACAUUUGUUUUCCCAACGUCUAACUACACACGAGCCGAAAGAAAUCCUUAGAUACGCAGUUUACACAAAGUUUAACCAUUAAAGUAGUUUCCGCCAACUUUUCAGAUAUAUAUUUAUUAAUGCAUGAUAUUAACCAAUAUUAAACUUAAACUGACUAUUAAUGCUACGCAUUAGUAGAUUUAGUCAAUUAGAAACCAUCGCUAUAUUUGUGGCCAGUUAGUGACAUGGUACCGCAGUAUUGUAGACAACUGCAUAGAACUGGCAUCUGACGAGUCAUCACGAAUCCCCAUUCAGGGUCCUAGAUAUGGUACGACUCUGUAGCUUAAGAUGCUAUCAAAUAUAGUUCGAAAUAAGAGCCACUGACGAUUCUGCUGUAGUUUCGUAUCACUUUCUUCGUAAGUUAGGUGAACUCCUUUAACUGGAUGGUUUCUUUUUUGAAUGUAUUAUCGACUGAACUACAUCUCUUACUACAUACUGUUUUUAUCCAUUUAUUUAAUGAUUGUACUACCAUUUCCUCCCGUAUUUCUUUUGUGAUGCAAUUUUAUUGAUUCUACAUUGUACUGGAAUCUAUAUGCAUGCAAUGAAUAAAAAUAAACUUAUAAUCGGAUUAAA